AAAGGCAAAACAAGACAAAUUAUUAUCUUCACUGGUACAUCGUUUCUCUCAUAGCCACUGGGUGCUAUCACCGACUUGUCCUCCCUCCCUUGAUCGAUCCAUGUUGGCUGGAUGAAGAUAGCAAACAAUGCACGUAUAUUUUGUAAUUUUCAAAACACAUGUUUUUGUGGAACUAGCAAGAACCGGCUAACUGAUUUCACCUAAAUAGGGGAUGUGUUUUUGAAGAACGAUUUGAAUGACCUUUGAAAUGGAUGUCGGCCUCAAUUUGAUUGUUUUUUGUUCUAUUGCCGUUUGUUGUAUGCUACCGAAUAUCCGGAAGAUGUUGUUGUUUAGUGGAGCAUACUAGGUGCGAGUUGUUUUGAGUUGUUUUUCGUAUUAUUGGCAAUGUUGUCGAGCGAAUGUCUAGUGCAUCGUCGCGUACCUACUAUGAAUGAGAGUAGCUGUUGUAAAAGUACAACGUUCUUUUCACUCACGUCGAGACUAGGGAGCUUCAUAACAACACGAGCCCAAUCGUGGUUCGAUCUGUUUGAUCAGUUGGUACACCUCAGCACGCUGACGUUCGGAGCUGUUCGAGAGGGUCGCGAUUGCGUUAGCGCCCCCGAAAACUUUAAAAUGCUAAUACUUCAUCGAUCAUACCGUUUAGUGAUCGUAUACGAUCGAAUGUGUAACGACACGCGAAGAAGGCGAACCCAAACUUCAAGAAGAUGAUGCAGAACGGUUGGAAGGCGAGCAUUACGAUACUGCUGGCCCUGGUUGAGAUUGUCGCUGGGCAGUACGGUACGUGUGAUCUGGCGUAUACGUACUCCAGCGGUCAGACGAGCUUUAUCGAAUCACCCAAGUUUUCCAACUACUACACACCGGGCACAAAGUGUCGGUACACCGUAAAUGCACCGGUGGGACACUAUCUGUACGCGCAAUGUUACGACAUGUAUCUGCCGUCGAGUACUGGUUGCUACUAUGACAAGUUGGCCGUUUCGCUGACCGGUGAUGCAAAUCUUGCCGACGCCCAAAUACGCUGUGGAACGACUACAUUCAAUGUGCAGAGCACGUACAAUAAGCUGGUGGUGGCAUUGUUGGGUAGUACUAGCACUGCCGGUGGACGGUUCCGUUGUCAGAUAACGGCAGUCAAGAUCCCUUGUGAUUGUGGACGUCGCAAGACGCCUAGCAUAGUGAAUGGUUUCCCAACGCAAGCGAAUGAGUUCCCGAUGAUGUCGGCAUUGGUGGAUGUACCUACGAAGAACAUAUUUUGUGGAUCUACGAUUGUAACCGAUCGACAUGUGCUUACGGCUGCUCACUGUCUGCUGACGAGAUCGGUCUCCAAUACAACUGUCCUGGUGGGUGAUCAGAAUGUUAAAGUCGGUACCGACACUCCCUAUGCGGCGCUUAUGCUGGUGUCCACUUUCACUCCCCAUCCGAGCUAUAAUCCUACUGCCAAAACAAACGAUAUUGCCCUAGUGCGCACUACCAAUGCAAUUGAUUUCAAUCCUGGCGUAGGUCGGGUUUGUCUGCCGUUCCGCUUUAGCACGAGCACCUUCGAUAACGUUCGACUCAGUGCACUUGGUUGGGGUUCGAUUGAUUUCGGUGCACCACAAUCACCCGAGCUGCUCCAGACAACGCUGGCAGUAGUGACUUCUAGCAGCUGCUCUACCAAACUUUCGCGUACGAUCAUCGAAUCACAGAUGUGUACGUUUGCGGCUGGUAAUGAUACCUGCCAGAACGAUUCUGGCGGUCCACUGUACUAUACCGAUCCUAACAGCCAGCUGGUAUACGAGGUUGGUGUGGUAGGGUUUGGAGUGGCCUGUGCAUCCAGCUUUCCGAGUGUGAACACAAGAGUUACUUCAUACCUGGAUUGGAUUACGAGCACUACCGGGUACACAUUCUGUGAGAAGUAGUUUUACGAUUGGAUGUACUUUAGACGAGGUCAUUAUGUGGAUUUUGGCUUGGAAUUUCUGAGAAAUUCCAGAAUACCAACAAUUCGUAGUUUAAUAAAGACAUGCAAAAUAAAACAAGGACCUAAAGGGAAUUAUAUAUUGAAAAAAGUAGUGAAGUUGUAAAACUUAUGUUGUACAAUUACUUAUGCAUUAACAUACUAUAGCAAAUUAAAAUUAUUACAGACGAGUUGAUUCAGAAGAAUGCGCAGAACAAACAAAAGUAUACAAAACUCUGGAACAGAUUAAAAUUUGUAAUAAAUUUAGAAGACUUUUAGAGCAGAUGACUUGCUUUUGAAGUUGAAACUAGAGUUAAUGUAUUAUCUUGGGCAAUAAACGCCUGACAUUACUAGAGUAGAAACAUCAAUAUGUGAUGAGAUAUAAACCUUGGGACUUAGGAAAAUCUCUAGUAAUUUUGAAUUUCUAGAACCGAGUUCUCCAAACUACGGUA